AGAGUGCCGUCGGAACGACACUUUUCAAUCGCAGUAAAAAAGAGUUUGAGCAGGAUCAGAGUUCGAGCUGGGGGUCGACUGCAUCUGGGGGGGUGAUUGCUGUUUUCGGCCAGAUUUUUCUAUUUUAUUUUGUAUUCUCUUGUUUUUUUUAUACUUUGCAGUUGAAUUUCAUUUCCCUGUGAUUUGAUUCCAUAUCAAGGAUUUGCCUUAAGAUCAUGAACAAACUAUAUGUGGGGAAUUUGAGUCCUUUGGUCACUGUCGAGGACUUGAAGCAGCUCUUUGGCGAGAAGAAGCUUCCUGGGGCCGAGCAGGUUCUGCUCAAAUCCGGCUAUGCUUUUGUGGACUUCCCCGACCAAAACUGGGCCAUAAAAGCUAUUGAGACACUCUCUGGUAAAGUUGAAUUACAUGGGAAGGUGCUUGAGGUAGACUACUCUGUUCCCAAAAAGCUAAGGAGUCGGAAGAUCCAGAUCAGGAACAUUCCCCCUCAUCUACAGUGGGAGGUUUUGGACGGCCUUCUAGCUCAGUAUGGUACUAUAGAAAACGUGGAACAAGUUAAUACUGACACAGAAACAGUGGUGGUGAAUGUCACAUACACUACCAAGGAGGAGGCUAAAGUAGCCGUAGAGAAGUUGACAGGUCACCAGUUUGAGGGCUACUCCAUCAGGGUGUCGUACAUCCUGGAUAUGGAUGCAGCUCCGCCCCUACAGGCCCCACGGAUGCGUCGGGGGGGUCGGUCGUCCAGGGACCAGGACGGGCCCCAGCCAGGGCCCUCGGGGGGCUUCGGAGGGCCCCGACACAAACAGCAUGACUUCCCCCUCCGCAUGCUGGUCCCCACACAGUUCGUAGGAGCCAUCAUCGGCAAGGAGGGUCUCACCAUCAAGAACGUCACCAAACAGACACAGUCCAAGGUGGACAUCCAUCGGAAGGAGAAUGCGGGAGCAGCAGAGAAGCCCAUCACCAUCCACUCCACCCCUGAGGGCUGCUCCUCUGCCUGCCGUAUGAUCCUGGAAAUCAUGCAGAAAGAAGCCAGCGAGACCAAGGAGUGAGUCUACUAUAGCCCCCCUGCUACACCAUUAC